AUGUCGCACUCUUCACAAAAGAAUGUUGUCUCCAUCGAUACAUCUUAUUUUGAAGAAAUCAAGGCCAAAGAGGGGAAGGCAAGGUAUAUAGUUCUAGUUUUUCUUACACUUUUGACGGCUGUCUACGGAGGAUGGAAUGUUUACAGGAUGAUCGAAGCCGUAAACUCACCUGUUGUUUCCCUAAGGUCUGUUAUAAGGACCAGUAUACCGGUGCCAGGGAUCGUAAUAUGUGGAACUACUCUUGAUAGACCAGUUUUGUGUUAUAAAAGUGCUUUUAACGCCGCAGAUGAUAAUUAUCAAUUGGGAGCAAGUUGCAAUGAAUAUUUAACGAAUAAUAGAAUGGAUGCUACAACAUUUGUCAAUAUGCGUGGAUUUGAUAAUUUGACUCAACAAUAUUGUUAUAUUUUUAAUCCUAAUAACGGGUCAUCUGACUUAAAUCCUCUUGCAUUUGAUAAUUCUACUCAAAAGAUAGCGCUCGCGUUAUGGUCGAGCGAGGCUGCAAAUAACACGUUAGGUGCCAUAACGCAGGAUAGAUGGUUUUUUUUUGGUACUUUCAACGAAUUUGAAGAUCCGACAUCUGUUAAAUUCCAAAUUGUUAAAAUGCCUGCAAUUUCUUACAUAUAUUUUAAUAGAAUUGAAAAAUACGAUGUUUCAAAAGCAGAUGCCAUAACCGGUGGUGGUACAAACUCGGGUACACAACCUCACUCCGGGGCAACUAUUGUGUACGAUACUGCGUUCACAAGCUUUGCUAUUGAAGGAUUUAAAAUAGAUUCUCAUCUUUGGGUACUUUUUAGGAUUAUUCCAUCCAAUUAUGUAACUAAUACAAAAACAAAUUCACAAGAAUAUCCUGUAGAAAUUUGGUUUAGUCGAGUGGAAUUUUCUCUAUUCCAACUAAUUGCUAAUAUGGGUGGUCUUAUUCUUAAAUCGGCUCCACCACCUCCAGAAUAUUAUACUUUUAUGUCCAAACCUUAUAUAGAAAAUUCUAAUAUUCGCCCUCAACAUGAUAAUGAGACAAAUUUCUCGAAUAAUUCAUUUCGACAUGGUUCAGGAACAGGCCUUUCACUGUCUGAUGUACAAACGCAUAAAGAAACAGGGGUUUCAAUACCUUCACAACCUGAUAUUCCACAAUCACCAGAACAACGAGUACAUAGAGAAUAUAUGGAACGUUAUAUCGAACCAUCAUCAUCAUCUUCAGAUAUGGACGAUCCAAGAAUACAGAAAUUAAGGAAUGAUUUGAGAGCAGAAGUACAAAGAACAAUUGCUAAUGAACUAGCGAAACUAAAAUUAUUUUUAAGUAAAUAUUAUCUUAAAGAUGUAAUAAAGAUAAAUUAA